ACUGAAAAAAAAAGUCUCUCUUUUUAUUUUUCUUCGUCUUCUCCCAGAUUCUCUCUCUUGUUCUCCGAUCAAAAAUAUUUUUCCUCUCACUUUCCUUGGUUUUCUCGGCGGCUUCUCUUUCUCUGAGCUAUUUCUCCUUUUUCCUUGGGAUAAAUCUUUCUCCUUUCUGCAGACGCCAUGUCGGACAAAGGUCGUCCCUUGCCGAAAUUUGGUGAAUGGGAUGUGAAUGAUCCAGCAUCAGCAGAGGGUUUCACAGUGAUAUUCAACAAAGCUAGGGAUGAGAAAAAGACUGGUGGCAAACCCGGAUCACCCGGUAAAUCCACCGAGGGUCAUGUUAAGUCUGGAGGAGGAGAUCCCAGUAAACCUCAGCCGAAAAAAUGGCUCUGCUGCAUGCAGUCUCCAGCUGUGGACUCUUGACAGACACAACAAAGAUGGAUUUGGUUGCUGCCCCAAAAACAAAGUCACACUGCUUACACAUCUAAAGCAAUGUUCUUUUAUGUUUUAUUGUCUUUCUUG